CAUGAAGAAAAAAAUAUAAAUUAAUUUCGGCUUGGAAUGAUAAUCAUCAAAAUAUAAGGUGAGAUUAUAAAGUUAUCACAGCCAAAAUGUUAUCUAGAAAAACGUGGGAAAAACAUUACUAUUAUAAUAGUACGAAUUGGCAUCACAUUUAGAAAUGGAUCAAGCAAUGGAUAGUAAUCCAGACGAUAUAUCCAAGGAUUCUCCUGUGUGUCUUAUAGUUUUAGGAAUGGCAGGUUCUGGAAAAACAACUUUUGUUUCAAAAUUGGAAACUUAUAUGCGACAACAUAAAAGAGCACCAUACUUAAUAAAUAUCGAUCCUGCAUGUAAAAAUAUGCCUUACAAACCUAAUAUUGAUAUUAGAGAUUCAGUAAAAUAUAAAAAUGUAAUGCAACGCUAUGGUUUGGGACCAAAUGGUGCUAUUGUAACAUCAUUAAACUUGUAUACCACAAAAUUUAAUCAACUAUUAAAUCUUUUGAGCAAAGUUGAAAAAGACAAUACACAUGAUUUAGCUAUUAUUGAUACACCAGGUCAAAUUGAAGUUUUUACAUGGUCAGCAUCUGGUCAAAUUUUGACUGAAUGUUUAGCAUCAUCUUUUCCAACUAUUGUAGUUUAUGUAAUGGAUCUUGAAAGAAGUACUAGCCCUGUAACUUUUAUGUCUAAUAUGCUGUAUGCAUGUUCAGUUUUGUAUAAAACAAAAUUACCUUUCAUUGUUGUGUUAAACAAAUCAGAUAUUGUAGAUCCAACAUAUGCAAUUGAAUGGAUGAAAGAUUUUGAAGUAUUUUGUGAUGCUAUUGAACAAGAAUCCUCUUAUAUGUCUAACCUAACACGUACUAUGGCAUUAACUCUUGAUGAAUUUUACAGUGAAUUAAAUUGUGUUCCAGUUUCUUCAGUUACUGGACAUAAUUUUGAUGAAUUUUUAAAAAUGGUUGAUUUAGCUACAGAUGAAUAUAAAAAAGAAUAUCGUGUUGAAUGGGAGAAAUUACGCAAAGAUAAACUGCAAGCAGAUAUUUCUGAAUUGAAUUCGAAGCUUGAUAGUUUAGCUGUUAGUUGUGGUAGAGGUGAAAAUAUAGAUCUUAUUACUUCAUUAAGUGCAGGACGGGAGAUUUCUGAUGUAUAUUUAGCUCCAAUGGCUGAUGAAAUGUCUGAAGAUAGUGAAGGAGAAGAAGUAUCAAGCAAAGAUGUUGAUGUUAAUUUCUUAUAUGGAUGUCAAUUUUAUUUUUAAUUGGCAACAUGCAUAUAAAAUAGAAAUUUAUCAACUAAGAAAAAGACUUGUUGGAAAUAACUUUUGGAAUAGUACUUCAGAAGUUAUUAGAAUUUUAAAAUAUAGACUGAAAGUGAAACAAAGGUAUGACUAUAUAUAUCAUUAUAUAUUUUGAACAGUCCUCCUUUCGUCUAGGUUAAAAAUGUGAAUAACUUCUGAAGUAUUGGUCUAUAAGUUGUAAUCAACUAACCAUUUUCUUAAUAAGAUUAUUAUUUAUGAUAUAAGCUAUUUUUUAAAUAUGUAUGUUUUCAUUAAAAAAAAUAAAGUUAGUAUCGUUAUAAGGAAUA